GGGGCGCCCUGAGGGGCGGGGGCGGGCUGGGGCCCUCCUGCCAGCGGCGCCGCCGCCAUGUCGGUGGCCUUCGCGGCCCCCCGGCAGCGGGGCAAGGGCGAGAUCACGCCGGCGGCCAUCCAGAAGAUGUUGGAUGAAAAUAACCACCUUAUUCAGUGCAUAAUGGACUAUCAGAACAAAGGAAAGACAUCUGAAUGCUCUCAGUACCAGCAGAUGCUGCAUACGAACUUGGUUUACCUAGCCACUAUAGCUGACUCCAACCAGAACAUGCAGUCUCUACUACCAGCACCACCCACACAGAAUAUGCCUAUGGGUCCAGGAGGGAUGAGUCAGAGCGGCCCUCCCCCGCCGCCGCGCUCUCACAACAUGUCUUCAGACGGGCUGGUAGGUGGGGGCCCUCCUGCACCACACAUGCAGAACCAGAUGAACGGCCAGAUGCCUGGACCUAACCACAUGCCUAUGCAAGGACCUGGACCUAACCAACUCAAUAUGACGAACAGUUCCAUGAACAUGCCUUCGAGUAGCCAUGGGUCGAUGGGCGGCUAUAAUCACUCGGUGCCAUCCUCGCAGAGUGUGCCCGUGCAGAAUCAGAUGACUAUGAGCCAGGGGCAGCCGAUGGGCAACUACGGUCCCAGACCAAACAUGAACAUGCAACCAAACCAAGGUCCAAUGAUGCACCAGCAGCCUCCUUCCCAGCAAUACAACAUGCCACAAGCAGGUGGCCAGCAUUACCAGGGACAGCAGCCACCUAUGGGAAUGAUGGGCCAAGUUAACCAAGGAAAUCACAUGAUGGGUCAGAGACAGAUUCCUCCAUACAGACCACCACAGCAAGGCCCACCACAGCAGUACUCAGGCCAGGAAGACUAUUAUGGGGACCAAUACAGUCAUGGUGGACAAGGUCCUCCAGAAGGCAUGAACCAGCAAUAUUACCCUGAUGGUCAUAAUGAUUACGGUUAUCAGCAACCGUCGUAUCCUGAACAAGGCUACGAUAGGCCUUAUGAGGAUUCCUCACAACAUUACUACGAAGGAGGAAACUCACAAUAUGGUCAGCAGCAAGAUGCAUAUCAAGGACCACCCCAACAGCAGGGUUAUCCACCACAACAGCAGCAAUAUCCAGGCCAGCAAGGCUAUCCUGGACAACAGCAGGGUUAUGGUCCUUCCCAGAGUGGUCCCGGACCUCAGUAUCCCAAUUACCCACAAGGACAAGGCCAGCAGUAUGGGGGAUACAGACCCACGCAGCCUGGGCCACCACAGCCACCACAGCAGAGGCCUUAUGGAUAUGACCAGACCUUGAACCUUGUGGUGAAGGAUCAUGAUAAACUUGUAGCACUGAUGCUUUCACCUCUGCUCUCCUCUGCAGUAUGUGAUGUUAUCAAUGAUGGGUCAGUACGGAAAUUACCAACAGUGAAAAGUAUUCACAUUCCGGUAGGCAAUAUCUAUUAGCAGCCAUAUUGUCUUCUCAGCACUGUGGACACCUUCCUGAGAUGAGAACCUCCCAUUCCAUCUAGUUUUUGGAAAAAUCUUGUGGCUGUUUUAUGGUAUACAGUCUUCAUGGGUUAAUUGUUAAAGACUGUAGAUUCUCAGAAACUGAUUUCACAUCUCUACUCUAGAUGGCAAUAUUGGACAGAAAAUAUGUGACAUAAUUUGCAGUGAGUUGAGAACUGUAUAUCAAAUAGACUGUUACAGACUGAAAGGUGCAAACAGCUUUGUAUGUUUAUGAAGGUUAUGGGAAUUUAAUAUUUUUUCCACAGAUUUUUUUUGUAGGGGAAAAGGGGAAAUGCACACUUUUUACAGCAGCAAUAUUUUGUAUAUUAUGUUUUUCAUGUGGUGAAUAUGCAAGACAGUACACUACUCGUUGGGCAGGAUAAGAAAUCUACAGUUAAAAAUGGGUAGGGGCAUGAUAAGUGCUUGAUUGUGUAACUCUCGAAAUGGUGUACAAUAAAGAUAGUGAAAAAAGAUGAAGAGCAUCACACAUCACUGAUAGGUUCAUGUACAAAGAAUAAGAAUCCCAGUUAUCUAAAUGGGAACAUAAUUAAGGACAGUAUAGUCUUGUGCAAAGAUUAAUUUUUUAAGCUUUUCAAUUUUUCUGAGUGAAACAUUUUUGUAAAAAUGGUUUCUAACAUAGUUUGACAAUUUUCUGCGACAUUUUUUGGGUAACAAGAUAAACAUUUGGGUUGUAUUUCUCAAGUGUUUUGUCACAGCUUCACAUAAGCAAGCUGUAAUCCCUCUUAAUAAUUGCAAUAACAAACAAAAUGAGAAGUGUUAACUUUACUUGGCUUGAAUAUGCAAAGAAUUUGAAAAAGAAUAUGGAGGACAGGACUGUAUUGUAUAAGUAUUUUAACCUUUAGUUGAAUAAUUUGUAUGUAUCAAAAUAGCCUAGAAGACUUUGUAAAACCUAUCUAAACUUUCCUGAGUGGGAGUUAAUAUCUUUAGAAAGGGGGCAUUUUGUGUGUGUGUCCAUUUUUCUUAUUGGUUAACAUGAGACCAAGGGACGUUUUACAACAUCAAAUAUAAAACCUGUUGGUGAGGUAAAUGCCAAAUUUUGUUUUGAACUGCAUUAAUGCUUAUAGUGUUGCAUGUGAGAUAGAGGCAGCACCUUGAUCAGUAGCAUAGUACACAAAAAAAAAUUGGGUUUGAGGCUGUCCUGCAACUGUGUAUCGGAUAAAUGAAUAUUCUUUUGUGCAGGAAUGUGUAUUCAAGAAUUCCUGGCAAUGUUUAUAAAGGACAAAAUUUAAGACUAGCCCAGGAGUAAAAUCUUAUUUUUUCAGUUGGUGAUCAUAUUAGGGGAAAAAAAAGGUGUCCAUAUUAUGUAUGGCAAUAUAUAUGGAAGACAAGAUUUUCAAUUUACUCAUUUUUAAAGGGAAAGCAAUUUUUUCCUUAAAGUUGUUUCAUAGAAAAUACACAUCAAGAUUUGAACAGAUACGGCAUGAGGAACAUUAUUAUGAAUGAAAUGCUUGUAGGUUCUGUGCCAAUUUUCCACCACUGUGUACUUCAUUGCUAUUUAAAACUGUACUCCAUCAAUUCUAACGGAAGAAUAAAUUAUUUGUGAUUUUAA